AUGUCAUCUGCUCCAUUGUUACAAAAGGCUCCUGGUAAGAAGAUUUCUUUGCCAACAAGAGUUGAACCAAAGGUUUUCUUUGCUAAUGAACGUACUUUUUUAUCAUGGUUAAAUUUUACUGUUAUGCUAGGUGGGUUAGGGGUUGGUUUGUUAAAUUUUGGUGAUAAAGUUGGUAGAAUUAGUGCUGGUUUAUUUACAUUUAUCGCAAUGGGUACUAUGAUUUAUUCACUAGUCACUUAUCAUUGGAGAGCUUCUGCAAUUAGACGUAGGGGUUCAGGUCCAUAUGAUGAUAGAUUAGGUCCUACUUUACUAUGUUUCUUCUUAUUGAUUGCCGUUGUCAUUAAUUUCAUCCUGAGAUUGAAAUAUGGUCAAGACACUGCUUAG